AUGGGGCCAGGGAUGGUGCUCUGGGGGCCCCCACUGCUGAUGGUGCUGACGCUGCUCACAAGGCCCCCCAGCUCCUGGGGGGCCCGGGUCGUGGGGGGCCGCGAGGUGACCCCGCACUCCCGGCCCUUCAUGGCUGCGGUGAGCUUCGAGGGCCAGCAGCACUGCGGGGGAUUCCUGCUACGAGCCGGCUGGGUGGUCUCGGCGGCCCACUGCUUCCAUGGCAGAGACCCUCGCUCGGGCCUGGUGGUUCUGGGGGCCCACGCCCUGCAUACCCCGGAGCCCACCCAGCAGGUGCUCGGCAUUGCAGCCGCCUUUGGGCACCCGGACUACCGGCCCUCCACGCACGCCAACGACAUUUGCCUGCUGCGGCUGAACCGCUCUGCCGUCCUGGGCCCGGCCGUGGGGCUGCUGCGGCUGCCGCGCACGGGCGCCAAGCCCCCAGCGGCCGGGGUGCGGUGCCGGGUGGCCGGCUGGGGCUCCAUAUCCAGUUUCGAGGAGUCGCCGCCGGGGCUGAUGGAGGCCGAGGUGCGCGUGCUGGGCCUUGACGCCUGCAACAGCUCCUGGAAGGGUCAGCUCAGCCCCAACAUGCUUUGCACCCGCAGCGGAGACCGCCGGAGGCGUGGCUUCUGCACGGGGGACUCCGGGGGACCCCUGGUAUGCCGGAGCCGGGCCCACGGCCUGGUCUCUUUCUCAGGCCUCUGGUGUGGGGACCCCAAGACCCCAGACGUGUACACGCAGGUGUCAGCCUUCGUGGCCUGGAUCUGGGAGGUGGUUCAGCAGCCCAGCCCUGCACCCCGGCCCCCUGGGCACCUAGGAGGACCUGCCAAAGCCAUGCCUCCACAGGCUGCGGAUGCUGAGCGGCGCCUGGGCGCGACCCAGGGGCUGGGAGCAGCGGCGGGGGGCGCGGGGCCCUGUGCGCUGUGCAGCAAGCCCGGGGACCACGCACGUCCGCCACGUCCUGCUGUCCGCACCCGCGCCCUGGCCCCGCCCGCUGCACACCCGCGCUGA